CUUCUAGCCAUUGGUCUUGAGUCAUCAGCUAACUGCUUCCAAGUAUCGUUGUUCAUUACAAAUUAGUUGUGCGUGACGUAAAUCUAAUUUUAUCGAUACGAUAUCAGAGAGAAACAAGAUUUUUAAAUGAAUUAAAUUUAUAUAGAAUCGGAAUCAUAUUUAAAUAGUGCAGUGAUAGGCUAUUUGGCUACUUUUUGGGUGUAACCUGUUGGAAAGUUCAUCAUUAGUUACUAUACUGUAAGAUAUAAUGCGCAAGUCUGGCAAUGAUAGUUCGGAUACACAUUCGACCUGCUCGUCUGGUAAUCAACACAAACGUGGUCUAGCUCGCUUCUCCCUCCGCCGGUUGCUGUACUCCAGUCCUCUGUUGGCUCGUCGCAUCCGAGCUGCUUCCGCCUCCUCCCGCAACUUGAAACAUGCCGCCACCAAGGAGAGCUGUGAGGUGGGUGAACGGGAGGCACCAUCACCCUGGGCAGCCACCGCCAGCCGGCCCUCUGUCUCCAUGGACACCGGGGUAGCCGAGUGUCCGUUGUGUCUUGCUGAACUACCUGUAGAAUACUUUCCUCGACUGACUACCUGUGCUCAUCGCUCUUGCUACGACUGCUUCCAACAGUAUCUUCGCAUUGAGAUCUCAGAGUCUAGGAUUAGUGUUGCUUGCCCGGAGUGUUCGGAACCUAUGCAUCCCAAUGACAUUCGAAUGAUCCUGAACGACAAGUCUCAGUAUGAGAAGUAUGAAGAUUUUAUGGUGCGGAGGGUGCUAGCUGUGGAUCCUGACACUCGCUGGUGCCCUGCCCCUGACUGCAGUUAUGCUGUGAUUGCUACUGGAUGUGCGAGCUGCCCCAAGAUCAAGUGUGAACGGCCAGGCUGUGACUCCUAUUUCUGCUAUCACUGCAAGGCGGCGUGGCAUCCCAACCAAACCUGUGAUGCAGCCAGGGCCCAGCGCUCUCCUAAUGUGCGGUCUUCUUCUGUGUCAUUCAGUCAGGACUCUCAGCACAGAGAUGACAUCAAGCCGUGCCCCAGCUGCCAAGUACUGAUAGUGAAGAUGGAUGACGGCAGCUGUAACCAUAUGACCUGCGCUGUCUGCGGUACAGAGUUCUGCUGGCUCUGUAUGAAGGAAAUAACAGACCUUCACUAUCUCAGUCCAUCAGGAUGUACGUUUUGGGAGAAACCAUGGUCCCGGAAAAAGAAAAUCUUAUGGCAGUUGGGGACACUGGUUGGUGCACCUGUGGGAAUAGGGCUGGUCGCAGGCAUAGCGGUUCCUGCCAUCAUCAUCGGCAUCCCAGUCUGGGUUGGGAGAAAACUGUACACCAAGUAUGAACAUGCCAACAAGCACAAAAGAAAUCUGUACAUAGCAGCUGGUGUAACAGCGUCGGUGCUGGUGUCCCCGGUGUUGGCAGGCUUGGCUGUGGGAAUAGGUGUGCCAAUCUUGCUGUUCUACGUGUAUGGGGUGGUGCCUGUGUCUCUGUGCCGCUCAGGUGGCUGUGGUGUCACCACCUCUGGCGCUGGCGUACGCUUCGACUUUGAUGAUGAAAAUGACCUCAUGGGUGUCAUCAAUACCAAGCCCACAGAUGCAGACACAGUGAGUCAUCCUGGAGGGAACCCUUCGAUUGGUGAGGCAUCAUUAUCGCUGGGCAGCGGAAGUCAGCUGGAGCGGGAGGCAGACAGAGAGUCUGCCAGUAUGGUGGCAUUGGCAGGCAGCAUCAUCUCCUCCCUCCCAGGCGGACACAGGCUGGAGGUGCAGGCAGAUGUAGCCUCCAACCAGAGGUUCAGCCUGUGGAGUGAGACGACGUCGGCUGCUACCAGUGUCUCAGAGAAAUCCCUGGCGGAUGACGGAGGAGCAUCAACACGUGCUCUUGCUGGCUCUGUCCUUAACUUUAAGGUGGAUGGAGGGUCACUUUCCAACUAUCGUGGACUGAGCACAGAUACACCAGUGGACUCAGUGUCAAUGCGUAGUGAUGCCAACAUGUCACUAAGCUCACUGGAGGAGCUGGCAUCAGGCCUGAUGCGCAAGGUUGCGCGGCGCAAACUACCAGCAGACAGCGGAGAAGAUGGGGGCUCUGAGCGUGUGCGUUUUGACGACCAUGUUAGCUUUAUAGAGGCUGAGCGAGGACAUUGCAAAGUUACCAAGAAACAUUCGGGCAGUUCCACUGACUCUGUUACAUCGUCUUCAAGGCCUAGUAUAUCAGCUGUAUCUAGUCUUCGUAGUCUUUUCUUCCACUCGUCUGAGUCUGCGCGCGCAGACAUGUCCCGGCCAACCACCUCCAAGGGGGAGAGCUCUCGCCCCGUGUCUGCCAAGGUCGACACUCCUCCCUGUCUUCCUGUCAUCCCUGAGCCUCUUACUGCUGACCAUGUUACCAUUUCUAUCCCUGAACCUUAGAAUAUUGAUUAUAUCCUUUUGAUUCUGGGAUUGAUUAACGACGACUUAUAAAGUUUACAAGUUCGAAAAAUGUAUAUACGGUUAUGUAAAGUUAAGUAUUUCAUGCUUCCUGUAAUAUUCUAUUGUUAGGCCUAAAUUAUCCUGGAAUAAUUAAUAUAAGUUGACUUAAGAAAUGUUAAUGGUGUUGUAAAUUAAAUGCUUAUAUAUGCGUUGUGUUAUAUUUAUUGUUUAUAUACUUUAUAACUAAAAUGCUCAUUACUUUUGCAUUAUAAGAUGUACAUUUAUUAUAAUAAAUUUAUUACUAAGA